AUGGCUGACUUCCCAUCCAAAGUCACCACGGAGACGAGCGCCGGCGGCUCCCAGAGCCAGCAGCCGGGGGGAAACAGCCUCAGAGGAGUGGCUGCCAACGUCACCAGCAAGAUGGACAUGUCCUUUAUCCGAAGCAUCCCAGCCAUCCUCAUGAUGGCUGAAAUAUUUGUGGGGUUGCUCCACUGGGCGCUGAUAGCCAGCACACCCUACACGGCCCACCCGACGUAUGGCUGGGUGAUGUUUGUGGCCGUUACCCUCUGGAUCCUCACCACCAUCCUCUUCCUCAUCAUCCUCUUCAGCGUCACACGGAGGCUGGCUUUUGUCCCCUGGCUGAUGACGGUGAUGGCGUAUAACGGCGUUGCCACGGUUCUGUAUGUCACCGCUUUUCUGGCCAACGCGGCGACCGUGAACCACUUUUAUUGGCCUUUCUACCAACACAUGGGAGCCGCAGCAUUUUUUGGAGCCGUGGCGUGCGUGCUGUAUGGGGCCAGUGCUUUCUUCUCCUAUUUGGACUGGAAGGGCGACGGAGGGAACGCUGCCACCAGCACGGUGCCGACCUAA